AUGACUGAGCCGGAUCAGUGCAUCAUAUGCCUGGAGUCGCUGCAGCCCCCCUCGUCUCAGCCGGACGGUGCAAACGGGGCGGGACCUACAGCACCAUCAACAACAAAACAACAGGUCUACCAACGCAUCGACUCCGACAUUGAAAUCCUCCAAGACGAAAACGACUACAUCGCUACUCUCGUCGGCUGCAACCAUGUAGUCCACGAUCGCUGCAUCAGGAGCUGGGCAAAGAACUCAAACACCUGUCCCAUUUGCCGCACGCCUUUCAAUGAGGUCAGUCUAUCAUCUGAGCUCAACGGCCCUGCCGUCGACUCGUACGCCGUUCAGGAUAAGAAGCAGGAGCAGGAAUUCGACAUCCACCGCUGGCUCGAAGAGAACCCCGAAGACGAAGAAUCGGAGCCCAGCGUGGCAUGCCCCGUCUGCGAGUCCUCGGAUCACGAAGACGUCCUGCUCCUCUGCGACGGCUGCAACGCCGCCUACCACACGCACUGCAUCGGCCUGCCUGAGAUCCCCGAGACGGAAUACUGGUUCUGCUUCGAGUGUUCCGACAACAGCGCGGGCCGACCUCGUCCCGCGGGCAUCUCCCAGGGCUCGGUGCAGGAAGCCCAGGCCAUCUCGCAGGCCAUCGCGCAGGCUGCACGACCCUCCAACAGACGGAAUGUCUAUGCCCGCCGGGGCUUCCUGCGCACCCAACUUCAGGCCAGAAACGCCAGGCGCGAGGCUAGGUCUCUCGAGUGGCAAGGCGCCUGGGACCGCAUUGCGAGCCGCAUCUAUGAUGCCACCGAAAUCGACCUCGAUAACCACGAGGAAGACGACGCAUUCCAGAGCUUCCGCCGUGCCCAGGCACAGAGGGAGCAGAUCCGCGAGCUGCAGGAGCAUCGUGACUGGGAGCAGCGUAUGAGCAUCGCCAGCCGCAUGGGCGCAAGAGACGUCUUCGUUCGGAAUAUUCGGCCUACUGUUGGCCAUCGUCUGGACGGUGUCCCCGUCGAGCCGGCGCAGCCGCCACCGCCGCCAGCCCCGGAGACGAGAGAGGAGCAGCGUGCUUGGGGUGCACUUGAGCGGGCUCGUGAGACCGAGGCCACCCCCAACACCCGGAAGCGAAAGUCGAGAUCCGUCACGGCUUCCCCGCAGGAGCCCGCACAAGAACCCGAGCGUAAGCUGAAGCGCCCUCGCACUCGCCGCCUGCCUUUGCAGGGAGAGGCGUCUGCCUCCGCCUCUGGCUCCGGGUCGGCCUCUGGAUCGGCGUCUGGAUCAUCAGCUUCGCCUUCAGCGUCAGCGUCAGCUUCCGCCCCCACCUCCGUGCCACCGGCCCUGUCAUCGCCUGUAACGAUAUUGGCGUCGAGGCCUGUCGCUCACAGCACGACGAACGCGGCGUCUCGCCGCCCUCAGUCGCCCAUCAACACGGAGCCCGGCCCCUCGUUCCUCUCUUCGCUGCUCAAGGAGGUCGAGAUGAGCGCACCGUCGGAGGACGAGACCGCGCGGAAUUAUUUCGGCACUCGCUCUGGUGUCGACCCCUCGUCUCCCGUCACAUCCCCCUCACCAUCUUCACGAAACUCUCCCCGGGCGCUGUCCCUCACACCGCCACCCCACCCCCGGCCUAGUUCACCUACGCUGUCUCUGAGCUCUUACGUGGAGCCAAGAUUCCCCAAGGCGAACUACUCGCCGACUCGAGCUUCGGGAGGUGACAGCAGCGACUCGGACAGCCGUACGAACGGCGCCGAGAUCCGUCAACCCCGACCUCAGAGACCUGUGCGCCACCGAGCCAACCUCUCGCGGUCGCAAGACUCGUCGCCCACACGACCCGCCAUCACCCUCGAAACCAAGGAAAGAAUUAGCAGCAUUGUCCGGGCCGCACUGAGGCCACAUUACCACGCGAAGGAGCUCACGUCUGAGCAGUACGCAGACAUCAACCGCGACGUUUCCCGGAAGCUGUACGAGGGUCUGCGCGACCCCCUGGCCCUCGACGAGGAUGCCCGGAAGGCGUGGGAGAAGAAAGCCGCCAAGGAGGUGGCCCGUGCGGUUGAGAAUCUGAAGGCUUGA